UCAUGCUGCUGCCAGGUCCAGAGUGUGUCAUGGGUCCCUGUACGGCCUCCCAUUGCUGCUGUCUCCAUCGCCACACUCUGCCAUGUGCCACUUUCAGGUCUCCUCACACUGCUGGUGGGUUCCAUUUUGUCAUAGGGUGCUUGGUGCUUAUGGCCUUCCAUUGCUGCUGCCUCCACCACCACCCUGCGCCAUGUGCCUCUGUCGUCUGCUCACGCUGCUGACGGCCGCUUUUUAACCGAGGCCUGUGUUUGGCUUCCGAAUACUGCUGCCUCCACCGCCACCCUGCGCCAUGUGCCUCUGUCGUCUGCUCACGCCGCUGCUGACGGCUUCCGAUUUUUAAACUAGUCCUGUGUAUGUCUUCCGAAUACUGAACACUGCCGCAACCACUGCACCCUGCGCCAUGUGCCACUUUCAGGUCUCCUUACACUGUUGGUGGGUUCCAUUUUGUGAUAGGGUGCUGU